AAUGUGAUAAAUAUUGUUAAACGUACCUAAAUACGAUAAGUUUCAGUCGUUAAUCUAUAAUAAUAUAUAAAUCUACAGUGGUUUUUAUGGAUGUUCCAUAACUACUGAACCAUGCAUCCGAUUGACUUGAAACUUGGUAUCCAUGUCAUCGAUAUAUUACCACUAGAUCCCGCGUAAAGGCGUCAAAAGUAACCAAACAAAACAGUGCUUAAAUUCAUAUUAAGCACUGUUUUGCCGUCAGUGUCACGCCGACCGUCGAGUGGAACGAUCAUAAAAUGCGCUGUAAAAAGAUGUAAAAAACACGCUUAUAAAGAGAAAACAACAUGAAAUUUAGUAUUUUUGAUAUUGCUCUACCUUCCCCUAACCGUGUUAAGUAAGUGUAAAUGCUCUAAGGAAUUGUUUGAGAUAAUCCCAUCAUCGCGUUUUUACCAUUGCACUGCCGGCCACCGGAGUAGAGUUUAUCCAUACUACCUAAAACCACUGCGUCCAUUCAUAAUGCGCUUCCACUAAUCUUUUUUGCCAUAUUGCCAUGUUCUUUUAGGUUUUGGAACGAGCUUCCCUCGAUGGUGCUUCCCGAGCGCUAUGACAUGUCCUUCUUCAAACGAGGCUUGUGGAGAGUACUUAACGUCAGGCAGCAGGUUGGCUUUGCCCUUGGCAUUGCUGACGACCAUAGACGACGUUUACCACUCACUAUCAGGCUGUAUCCUCGUCUGCCUACAAGGGCAAUAAUAAUAAAAAGUAGAUGUGACUGUGUACCGCCUACGUGUGACGCUGCACCUUAAGCAGCAAAAGAUAUUCAGUCUUAAGAAAGCACAUUCUUAGCCUAAUGAAGGUUAAGAAAACACUUCCAACUACUUCCAAGGAGAGUAGGUAAUCCAGUUUAUGUUGGAUUUAGCUUAGCUUUAGCUCUCAGGAAAGUCAUGAAUGAUCUGAGUGGGUCGCAGUUAUGAGUGGCGCUUAAGAUCUGGGCUCUAAAUCUGAUGAUUUCCGGAGAAUGCGAGUUGUUGAGUUGUGUUAAUUGUUUCAAUUUGUUAAUUUAGUGCUUUCUCAGGUUUAAGCAUGUCAUAAUUAUUGUAGUUUAUAAUCACUUAAUGUGGCUGUUUUGUCUAAUUCCCCUUGCCUGUCCAAAGACAAAUCAAACAAACAUAGUGAAUAGUGAACAACUAAGUGUAUAAUCUAUGGUGAACAAUGAACAGCUAUAUACCUACGGACUUUUUGGCGGGAACGCGAGGAGUGAAGUUGUGUGAUUUGUUUUAUUUUGUCUAUUUAGUGUUUCUUCGGGUUUAAAUGUGUAAUAAUGGUGGUUUAUUAACUGUUUAAUAUCAGUGAAAGUGCACAAAUGUGGGAAAACGAAACAAAGCCACUGGACGUAGCUUCUCGGGAUCCUUCAAAAAGUCCACUGAAAAAAUCUUAGUAAAUGACCACCAUUUUACUGAGAUUAUAUUUUAUCCCAUAUCAUCUCAUUUCAUGUCAUUUCAUUUCGUUUUCAUUUCACUUCAUGCCAUGUUUCAUAAUAAUCAACUUCAUUUCAUUUCAUAAUAUCAUUAUCAUUUAAAAAAGUUACGUAUCAUUAAAAUUUAAAUAAGACUUGACCUAAAGGUCUUAGUUACCAGGUCAUGAAAUUACUUAAAAAAAAAAAAAUAGCUAUAUACCUACAAGGUACUUAUAUACAACUUUCGCAAAAUAUUAAUUGAUUUGUUGUGAAUUGUGACCCAGAGAAAACGAUAAAUUGCUUUAAAAUGGAUGAUCCGGAAUUAGAUCAAAUUAGACAGCAACGUCUAGCUCAAUUACAGGCGCAGCAAGGGGGAACAGGUGACCCGAGCAAUGCCAAAGCACAACAAGAAAAAAUGCAAGCAAUGGAACAAGCUAAACACACUAUAUUGAGUCAAGCGCUAAGCCAAGAUGCCCGAGCCAGAUUGAACACAAUCAAACUGGGUAGACCAGAGAAAGCUGCCAUGAUUGAAAACAUGAUCUGUCGAAUGGCCCAAAUGGGUCAGAUUCAAUGUAAAAUAACUGAACCUGAUUUAAUACAAAUUUUGGAAUCCUUUAAUCAACAAAUGCCCAAAUCUCAGAGCACCGUUAAGUUUGACAGAAGAAGAGCUGCAUUGGACUCAGAUGAUGAAGAUUUGUAAAUGACUGUUAGUGUAAGUUCUAUAUAAGCUGUUUAAAUAUAAUUAUAAAUAUCCUUCAUGUUUUUGGUUAAAGUUACAAUAAAUAACACAUUAAAAUGUAGAUUAACCAUCUUAAUUAUUAUUCAUGUCAAUUAAUAUUGAAGGAAAGUCUUACUUUUUUAAUACAGUAGCUAUUUUUGUUAUGUCGUUGAAAUUUGAAACUGAACUGAUUUUGAAAACUGCUCUAAUUUUAGGCACAUAGAAAAGUAUAUUUGUAAACGCAGUCAAAUGAAAUGAUAUUUUACAGUUCAAACCUUUUCUUCAACCUGCCUACUCAACUAGUGGAUACUAAAAAACUAAAUUAUGUUUUUUAUUUUAUGCUAAAUACCUUCUCAAUAAAAAUUAACUAUAUUUGAA